AUGGACGAGCUAGUUAAAAAGGCCAUUCAAAAGGCGGAGGCGUUCAAAAAGCUCCCGAAUUCGACGUCAUGGAAAGAUGACGAACCAUGUACCCAACCUUACUACAUUUGGAUCGAAGAAAGGAAGGAAUGGCAAGCAAAGUCAUCAAAUAGUGACUCGCAGACACAUUCUGCUGGUAGCUUCACUUUAGUCUUGUUUAGCUGGAAUAUUGACUUCAUGUUGCCGCUGCCCGACAUACGGAUGGAUGCCGCAUUAGCUCAUCUGCACGAGCUUACGGGACAGCUCCUCUCGACCCCAAACACGGCCGUUGUCAUACAUUUACAGGAAUGCGUCCCAUCUGACCUUGUCAAUAUCAGCCAGAAACAGUGGAUUCGAGACAACUUUUUUCUGACCGAUAUAAAUGCAUCUGCCUGGGGGAACGGGGCAUACGGCACGACCACGCUAGUUGACCGUCGCUUGAGUUUGUCCUCUUGUUUCCGGGUUCAUUAUGCCAAAACCCGUAUGGAGCGAGAUGCACUGUUCGUCGAUGUCGCUAUGCCCGCUGCUCUCAACAACAACAACAAAGGCAAGAUAUUACGUUUGUGCAAUACGCACCUUGAAUCGCUUGCUCUUGAACCACCGUUCCGGCCAGCACAGAUGCAAGUCGUAGCUUCACACAUGCACAUGGAAGAUGUCGUGGGGGCAACAGUUAUGGGUGACUUCAAUGCUAUUCAGCCUUUCGAUAGUUUGCUUCACUCGGAUAACGGCCUGAAGGACGCAUACCUCGAACUUGGGGGCCAAGAGAACAGCAAUGAGGGCUGUACCUGGGGUCAACAGGCAUUACCUGAACUACGGAAACUCUUUGGACUUUCACGAAUGGACAAGUUAUAUUAUCGAGGAAGUAACCUAAAGUUGCUUGAUUUCCAGAGAUUCGGCGCUGGAGUCGAAAUUCCUGAGGGGAAGGAUGAUAGGGGACAACUGCUGUCACUCGGGUUUGAGAAGGCAUGGAUUACAGACCACUUAGGGAUUAAAGCUGUGUUUCACGUCAUGGAUAAUGUUCAGCCGUGA